AUGGCCGCUGAGAUUGUUGGAGGUGCUCUUCUCUCUGCUUUCCUUGAUCCGUUGAUUGAAAAGUUGGGUUCGGAGGUGAAGGACUUCUUCAAAGGAAAAGAGGCCAUUCUUAAGCUGGUGAAGGAGUUGAAUACCACCGUGUCCUCGGUUGCUCUACUGCUCAUUGAUGCUGAGGAGAAGCUGAUCAAAGACCAAAGAGUCAAGAAGUGGAUUGAUGAUCUCAAGGACACCAUUUAUGAUGCAAAUGACUUGGUUUAUAAGAUCGACACUGAAGCAUUGCGAGACGAACUUGAAAGUGAAUCUCAUAGCGGCCACACUUGUUGUAAUAAGGUACUACUCAUGCAACUCAUCUCAACUCCUCUUACUGCUUUUGAUAGGGCAAUACAGUCUGAGAUAAAAGUGAUCCUUGGAAAAUUGAAACUUCAUUUAGAGAAUAAAGAUCUGGGUUUGAAUCGUAUUAAAAAACAAAAUCAUCCAGAGAGGGUAUGUGCUCCUUUGGUGGAAGAAUGUGAUGUUUAUGGAAGGGAUGAUGAUAAAAAAACUAUCCUUAAGUUGCUACUAUCGGGUGAAGCUAGCCAUGAAAAAUUAGGUGUGAUUCCCAUAGUAGGAAUGGGUGGUAUAGGGAAGACUACUCUGGCUCAAUUGGUGUACAAUGAUCAUAGAGUCAAUCAAAAGUUUGAUACGAAAGUCUGGGUUACCGUGGGAGAUGAAGAUAGAGUAGAUAGUUCAAAAGUGAUAAAAAAAAUUAUCCAGAAAGUGGCCAAUUCUGAAAAAUGCCAACUUGAAGAGCGAUUUGAGCUUUUAGAGAAAGUAAAGAUAGCUUUGACUGGGAAGAAGUUUCUCAUAGUUCUUGAUGAUGUUUGGGAUGAAGAUCGUAAUCGUUGGGAGGUCAUAAAAAGUACUUUUAUAUCGGGGUUGUGUGGAAGCAAAAUUAUUGUGACAACGCGCAGCAAUAUUGUUGCAUCAAUUAUGGAAACUGGGUCAAUUCAUUGCUUGAAAGGAGUGUCCUGUGAUGAUAGUUGGCGGUUAUUUGCCAAUUGUGCCUCUGUUGUUGAUGUCAACGACGCAGAUGAAUGCUCAGAUCUCCAUGUAAUUGGUAGACAAAUUGUUGACAAAUGUAAGGGUCUUCCUUUAGCAAUAAAAUCACUUGGUGGUCUUUUACGAGGGAAGCAAAAUAAGGAGGAUUGGGAUGACAUUUUAAACAAUGAUAUAUGGGAGUUGUAUGAUAGGAAAAGCGUUGGUAUUCUUCCAGCUUUAUGGAUGAGUUAUUUUUAUUUACCUUCAUAUUUAAAACCAUGUUUUGCUUAUUGUGCUAUUUUUUCUAAAGAUUAUGAAUUCGAAAAAGAAGACAUAAUCUUACUGUGGAUGGCUGAAGAUCUCUUACAUUCUAAUAACAAGGAAAAGAGAAUUGAAGAAGUCGGAGAGGAGUACUUCAAAGAACUGAUCUCCAGAUCGUUUUUCCAACCAUCAAGUAAGGAUGAAUCAAUUUUUCUGAUGCAUGAUCUGAUGCAUGAUUUAGCUAUGUUUGUCUCUGGUGAAUUUUGUUUGGCAGUGCAUGAAUAUACAAAUCUUUCUAGCUGUACACAUAAGAUUCGUCAUUUGUCAUAUAGACAAGAAAAAGGCCAGGCUCAUGACUCUGAAUUUUUUGAGGAUUUGUCUCAAAUUAAAGGUUUGCGCACCUUCCUAAUGUUGUCAGAAAAAUGGUGUUUUCCCUCUGGAAUGGAGCACUUGCUUGAAUUAUUGCUAAGCACAAGAGGUUGCUUAAGAGUGCUAUCUAUGGCGGAUCGUUCUGUGACCAAGUUACCUAAUUCAUUAGGCAAUUUGAAGUACUUAAGAUACUUGAAGUUAGAUUAUCCAGAAAUUUGUGAGAUACCUAAUACAAUUUGUAAUUUGUAUAAUUUGGAGACACUACUGCUGGAGAGAUGUUAUAAACUAACUCAACUACCAACUAAUAUAGGAAAUUUAAUUAAGUUGCGACAUCUUUGUGUUCCAUUUGUAUUAGAAGAGAUGCCACUGCAGAUUGGUAAGAUGACAAAUCUACAAACACUGAAUAGGUUUGUUGUGGGACAAAAUAAAGAUUUUGGUAUUAAGUUGUUAAAAGAGCUUCCAAAUCUUCAUGGAACCAUUCGUAUUAUGGGACUAGAAAAUGUUACUAGUGUUGAGGAUGUUUUGGAGGCUAAUUUGAAGAAUAAGAAGUUUCUUAGUCAGCUGGUUUUGGAGUGGGGUGAUGGACAUGAACCUGCUAAUAAUGACACUCAACUGAAAACAAAGAUACUUGGUGCUCUUGAGCCUCAUGUGAACUUGAAGGCACUUUAUAUAAAAGGCUACAAAGGUAGCAGUUAUCCAAAUUGGGUUGGAGAUCCUUUGUUUUCUAAUGUAGUAAGGGUGACUCUAUGGAAUUGUAAAAAUUGUAGAUUCUUGCCGCCGUUGGGACAACUGCCUUCUCUUAAAGACAUUUCCAUUCGAGGUUUUGAUAGUGUGGUGAGAAUAAAGUCAGAGUUUUAUUAUUCCACUAGUGUCAAUUCUCAUGCUGCAACAAAUACAAAGCCAUUCAAAUCUUUGGAGAGAUUGAGUUUUGCUUACAUGAAAGAGUUUCGAGAGUGGUCGUUUAUUGAAGGCGAAGAUUUUCCUCGUCUCAAGAAACUUCGAUUUAUCGUCUGCAGGAGACUCGAAUUGUCAUUGCCUGAUAUUUUUCCCUCUUUGAGAGAGCUUGAAAUAGAAGAAUGUGACCAACUAAUGCCUUUACUCCAAAGGUCUCAACCAAUGGAUGCUCCAUUUUCAUCUCUAGAGUUUUUGCAAAUAUCUAACUGUGAUGGCCAAUUAUUGAUCACAACCCAACAGACGAUUGAUGAUGAGGAUGACAAUGGCAAUGGCAAUGACUUCAAUUCGUUGUAA